AUGGAGGAGCUGGUAGGGCUGCAUGAGGGCUCCUCAGGCAACCCUGUGACUCUUCAGGAGCUGUGGGGCCCGUGUCCCCGCAUCCGCCAAGGCAUCCGAGGGGUCUUGGAAUGGCUGAAGCAGAAGCUGUUCCGUGUGGGUGAAGACUGGUACUUCCUGGUGACCCUCGGGGUGCUCAUGGCCCUCAUCAGCUACACCAUGAGCUUCAUCGUGGGGCGUGUGGCCCGAGCACACAAGUGGCUAUACCGGGAGAUUGGAGAGGGCCACCUGCUCCGGUAUCUCUCCUGGGCCGUGUACCCCAUCGCCUUGGUCUCCUUCUCCUCGGGCUUCUCCCAGAGCAUCACGCCCUUCUCAGGAGGUUCUGGAAUCCCAGAGCUGAAGACCAUCUUGUCUGGUGUGAUCUUGGAGGACUACCUGGACAUCAAGAACUUCGGGGCCAAGGUGGUGGGCCUGACCUGCACCCUGGCCAGCGGCAGCACCAUCUUCCUGGGCAAAGUGGGCCCCUUCGUGCACCUGAGUGCGAUGAUGGCUGUCUACCUGGGCCGCGUGCGCAUCAUGACCACCGGGGAGCCUGAGAACAAGAGCAAGCAAAACGAAAUGCUGGUGGCAGCAGCGGCGGUGGGCGUGGCCACAGUCUUCGCAGCGCCCUUCAGCGGCGUCCUGUUCAGCAUCGAGGUCAUGUCUUCCCACUUCUCCGUCUGGGACUACUGGAGGGGCUUCUUCGCUGCUACCUGCGGGGCCUUCAUGUUCCGCCUCCUGGCCGUCUUCAACAGUGAGCAGGAGACCAUCACCUCCCUCUUUAAGACCACUUUCCGGGUGGACGUCCCCUUCGACCUGCCAGAGAUCUUUUUCUUCGUGGCGCUGGGGGCCAUCUGCGGCAUCCUGAGCUGCGCUUACCUCUUCUGCCAGCGAAUGUUCCUGGGCUUUGUCAGGACCAAUCCAUUCACCUCCAAACUGCUGGCCACCAGCAAGCCUCUGUACUCCGCCCUGGCCGCCCUGGUGCUCGCCUCCAUCACCUACCCUCCGGGCGUGGGCCGCUUCAUGGCUUCUCGGCUGUCCAUGAGGGAGCACCUGGACACACUGUUUGACAACAACUCGUGGGCACUGAUGACCCGGAACUCGUCCCCUCCCUGGCCUGCGGAGCCUGACCCCCAGAACCUGUGGUUCGAAUGGUACCACCCGCGGUUCACCAUCUUUGGGACCCUUGCCUUCUUCCUGGUUAUGAAGUUCUGGAUGCUGAUUCUGGCCACCACGAUCCCCAUUCCUGCUGGCUACUUCAUGCCCAUAUUCAUCUUUGGAGCUGCUACUGGGCGCCUCAUAGGGGAGGCCCUCUCUGUCGCCUUCCCUGAGGGCAUCGUGGCUGGAGGGGUCACCAACCCCAUUGUGCCCGGGGGGUAUGCCCUGGCAGGGGCUGCGGCCUUCUCGGGGGCCGUGACCCACACCAUCUCCACGGCGCUGCUGGCCUUCGAGAUGACCGGCCAGAUCGUGCACGCGUUGCCGGUGCUGAUGGCGGUGCUGGCGGCCAACGCCAUUGCCCAGAGCUGCCAGCCCUCCUUCUACGACGGCACCAUCAUUGUCAAGAAGCUGCCAUACCUUCCCUGGAUCCGGUGCCGAAAAAUCAGCUCCCAUCGCGUCAUUGUGGAGCACUUCAUGAACGGCAGCAUCACCACGCUGGCCAAGGACACCCCGCUGGAGGAGGUGGUCAAGGUCGUGACCUCCACGGACUUGGCCGAGUACGCCCUGGUGGAAAGCACAGAGUCUCAGAUCCUGGUGGGCACCGUGCGAAGGGCCACCUUGAUGCAGGCUCUCCACGCUGAGCCACUUUCCUGGGCUCCAGGACACCAACAGUGUCUCCAGGACGUCUUGGCCACGGGCUGCCCCGUGGAGCCAGUGACCUUGCAGCUGUCGCCGGAGACCUCCCUGCACCAGGCACACAACCUCUUCGAGCUGCUGAACCUUCAGUUCCUCUUCGUGACGUCCCGGGGCAGAGCUGUGGGCACUGUGUCCUGGGUGGAGCUGAAGAAAGCAAUUUCUAACCUGACAAAUCCACCUGCCCCAAAGUGA